AUGUUCAGAUCGACGACAUGUCUUGUGAGGAAGAUGUUUCUGCCUUUCUAUUCCAAGGAGCGCGGUCCGCCCAAAAUUCGGCAGCAAGUUGUCGGAACGAGGGGACGCCGGUUCUUCAAGCUCGUGGCUUGCAAUCAGCGUGACCCACAGAACGGGAAGCACAUGGAGGUUCUAGGCAGCUAUGCUCCGAAGGUUAAAUCCAACAUCAAGGAGAUCAGGCUUCGCUUCUCCAGAGUGAAGUUCUGGCUCGGUGUUGGUGCGCAAUUCAACCCAGGAACGAGGCAACUGCUGGCUUUGGCCGGGUUAAUACCAACUCCUCCGCCUCUCUUUGGUCACCGGACGAAAGGCCAUUACAAGGAACUGCAGCAGGUGCUGGACCUGAGACAGGAAGCGCAUGAGGCUGCAGUGCAGGAAUACCAUAAGCACUCGGGUGUGAAAGGCAUACACGUCCGCUGA